AGCUGUGGCGGCGGUGGCCGCGGGGUGGGCGUAAGAUGGCGACAGCGGCGGCGGGAGCCCUGGGCCUGCUGUGGGGCUGGCUAUGGAGCGAGCGCUUCUGGCUGCCCCAGAACGUGAGCUGGGCCGACCUCGAGGGGCCAGGCGACGGCUACGGCUACCCGCGGGCCCGGCACAUCCUCUCGGUGUUCCCGCUGGCGGCGGGCGUGUUCUCCGUGAGGCUGCUCUUCGAGCGGUUUAUUGCCAAACCCUGUGCACUCCAUGUUGGCAUCCAGGACAGUGGUCCUUAUCAGGCCCAACCUAAUGCCAUCCUUGAAAAGGUGUUCAUAUCUGUUACCAAGUAUCCUGAUGAGAAAAGGCUGGAGGGCCUGUCAAAGCAACUGGACUGGGAUGUCCGAAAAAUCCAAUGCUGGUUUCGCCAUCGGAGGAAUCAGGACAAGCCCCCAACGCUCACUAAAUUCUGUGAAAGCAUGUGGAGAUUCACUUUUUAUUUAUGUAUAUUCUGCUAUGGAGUUAGAUUUCUCUGGUCGUCGCCUUGGUUCUGGGACACCCGACAAUGCUGGCACAGUUACCCUUAUCAGCCUCUCACAAAUGGGCUUUAUUACUAUUAUAUCAUGGAAUUGGCUUUCUAUUGGUCUCUUAUGUUUUCUCAGUUUACAGACAUUAAAAGAAAGGACUUCCUGAUCAUGUUUGUGCAUCACUUGGCCACCAUUGGGCUCAUUACCUUCUCCUACAUCAACAACAUGGUUCGAGUGGGAACUCUGGUCAUGUGUCUACAUGAUGCCUCCGACUUCUUGCUGGAGGCAGCCAAGCUGGCCAAUUAUGCCAAGUAUCAGCGUCUCUGUGACACCCUUUUUGUGAUCUUCAGUGCUAUUUUUGUGGUGACUCGUCUAGGAAUCUAUCCAUUCUGGAUUCUGAACACGACCCUCUUUGAGAGUUGGGAGAUGAUCGGGCCCUAUCCCUCCUGGUGGCUCUUCAAUGGCCUUCUCCUGAUCCUACAGGUUCUGCAUAUCAUCUGGUCCUACCUAAUUGCACGAAUUGCUUUCAAAGCCUUGAUCCGAGGAAAGGUGACCUAUCCAGGAAGGAUUAGACCCAUACUCUGUACUCUCCACUCUUUUCUCAACUCCUUCCUUUUUUCUAUGCCUGGUGGGAGCUGGACAGUUUCAUCUCUUGCAUGUAUCUAAGGAUGAUCGCAGUGAUGUGGAGAGCAGCUCAGAAGAAGAAGAUAUGACCAGUAGCACAAAAGGCCCCUGUGGCCGCAGCUCCAGCAAUGGUGCCGGUCGGGUGAAUGGUCACAUGGGAGGCAGCUACUGGCUGAAGAGUAAGGUGGUUGGUAUGGGGACUUCAGCGUAGAUGGACUUGUAGGGCUGCUGGCAACCUACUCCUCUGGGCCUCCCCGCAUCUGCACUCCUGUGACUAGGGUGUGUGCAGGGCACUGAGGAGAAUCAAAGAAGCAAAUAUUUUCACUUUUUUAAAAAAAACUCUGCCAUUUUGUAUUUAAUAGCCUCCAGGUUCUUUCAGUAAUGUUAUUUGCUCUGUGUGUGCGCGUGCGUGUGUGCAUAUGUGUGCACAUGUACAUAUGCAUUUGUGAAUAUGUGUGAGUUUCGUUGCCUAGGUUGGAGCACAAGCCUGGUCCCCUUUGAACCCACCUCAAUCCCAGAUUUGGCUGCAUCUUGAAUUAUGCUGGCUCCAGAGAGCCCCCUCCCUUGUUGCCCAUGGCUCUCGAAGCUCUGGCCAUCUGAAUGGAGCAGCUAAGUUCAGCUCCAGGUUUCUGUACUGUUCCUCCUUUGGAGAUGGAAUAUUUCACACGACGUUAUAUAGAAAACAGACAACCAUGAAUGGAUGGCCAGGAUUGCUGUGGCCCCUAGCUAGGUCCCCUUCCUGCCACCUGGUAGUGAUGGACAGCUGCUGAUAGAUACCCUGCUCUUUAUUCAGUGGUACGCAGGGAGUGGGGGGGAUGGGAGGAGCAGGUGAGCUGAGGGCUGGAGGACAACAGCCACUGGGUGAGCUGUUAACGGUUUAUACUAUUGUUUACUCUUCUGUGAUUAAAAGUGCUUCAACCCUCA